AUGGGCUGGGUGCUGUGGGGGCUUCUGCUGGCCUGGGGGUCAGUGGCUGGGGGGAGGGGGGCUGAGCAGCCCCAGGACCUGUCCUCCUCCUCUGCGGCGUCUCCAGAGUGCAAGGCAGCCCUGAAGCUCCCAGUGCUGCCAGGUGGGGGCUGGGAUAACCUCAGGAAUUUGGAUAUGGGCAGAGUCUUCAACCUGGGCUACUCGCUGUGCAAGACCACUGAAGAUGGAUCUUACAUCAUCCCAGACGAGGUCUUCACUAUCCCUCGCAGGCAGAGCAACCUGGACAUCAACUCCGAAAUCAUCGCGUCCUGGAAAGAUUACCAAAGCAUCACCUCCGCCUCCAUCAACCUGGAGCUGUCCCUCUUCUCCGCCAUCAACGGCAAGUUCUCCUACGACUUCUACCGGACCAAGACCCACCAGGUGAAAGACCAGGCUGUCACCACUCGCGUGCAAGUCAGGAACCUGGUUUACACAGCCAAGCUUGACCCGGGGGCAGCCCUGGACAAGGGCUUCAAGAAGCAGCUGCUGCUGCUGGCCAGCCACCUGGAGAACAACCACACGCGGAUGGCGGAUUUUCUGGCCGAGGUGCUGGUGCUUCACUAUGGCACCCACGCGGUCACCUCUGCAGCCAGCUUGGUGCAGGAGGAUCAGAUCAAGGCCACCUUCCUGAAGGACAGCUGGGCCACACAAAGCGCUGUCACCGCCUCAGCCGGCGUGGCCUUCCACAGCAUCAUCAACGCGAAAAACGAGGCGGCCCUGGACACCAGCUCCGGCUUCACAAAGCAGUACCUGGAGAACCGCACCAGCUCCAGGGUGGAGAGCAUUGGCGGGACCCCAUUUUACCCAGGCAUCACCCUCAAGACCUGGCAGGAGGGCAUCAGGAACCAGCUGGUGGCUCUCGACCGCACAGGGCUGCCCCUGUACUUCUUCAUCAGCCCCAGCACCCUGCCCGAGCUGCCCGCGCCCACGGUGAAGAAGCUGGCCAGGCGCGUGGAGAUGGCCAUC